GACAGACAGCGCUACCCGCCGCUACAUCUUCAAUUCAGGGCAUUUUCUCAUCCCUUGUGGAGCAUUUUAGUGUUUUUCCGCGUUGAUACAGCUGAAACGGGGCAUUUUCUGAUGUUUGACGGUAGCUAAACAAGCGGAGAUAACGCCUGCUGUGUGCUAGGAUAUAUAAUGUAGAUAAUUUAGCCCUUUUUUCCAGUUUAUCAGGUGGGACUGACCAAGCCGAGUCUCUGGGAGACCACUGGCUACGACUUCUUUGAUUUGUUCCUGAGAUCAAGCGCUCAAACUGGCUGAAAUGGAUGAACAGAGUGUUGAGAGCAUCGCAGAGGUGUUUCGCUGCUUCAUCUGUAUGGAGAAACUGAGGGAUGCUCGUCUCUGCCCGCACUGCUCCAAACUCUGCUGCUUCAGCUGCAUACGACGCUGGUUGACGGAGCAGAGAGCCCAGUGUCCACACUGUCGGGCUCCGCUGCAGCUGAGGGAGUUGGUCAACUGUCGCUGGGCGGAGGAGGUCACCCAGCAGCUGGACACCCUGCAGCUCUGCAGCCUCACUAAGCAUGAGGACAACGACAAGGACAAAUGUGAAAACCAUCAUGAGAAGCUGAGUGUUUUCUGUUGGACCUGUAAGAAAUGCAUCUGUCACCAGUGUGCUCUGUGGGGAGGCAUGCAUGGCGGCCACACCUUCAAGCCUCUGGUGGAGAUCUACGAGCAGCAUGUGACCAAGGUGAAGGAGGAGGUCGGCAAGCUCCGUCGCCGUCUCAUGGAGCUUAUCAGUCUGGUGCAGGAAGUGGAGAGGAAUGUGGAGGCUGUCAGGGGAGCGAAGGACGAGAGGGUCAGAGAGAUCCGAAACGCUGUGGAAAUGAUGAUCGCUCGUCUGGACAACCAGCUGAAAAACAAACUCAUCACCCUCAUGGGCCAGAAGACGUCCUUGACCCAGGAGACGGAGCUGCUGGAGUCUCUCCUGCAGGAGGUGGAGCAUCAGCUUCACUCCUGUAGUAAGAGUGAACUGAUCUCCAAGAGCCCAGAGAUCCUGCUAAUGUUCCAGCAGGUCCAUCGGAAACCCAUGCAGUCCUUCGUCACCACUCCGGUCCCUCCAGACUUCACCAGUGAACUGGUUCCUGCAUAUGACUCCAGCACUUUUGUUCUGGUCAACUUCAGCACCCUGAGGCAGCGGGCCGACCCGGUGUACAGCCCUCCUCUACAGAUAUCUGGGCUCUGCUGGAGGCUCAAAGUCUACCCAGAUGGCAACGGUGUGGUUCGUGGAAACUACCUGUCUGUGUUCCUGGAACUGUCUGCUGGACUCCCUGAAACAUCAAAGUAUGAGUACCGUGUGGAGAUGGUCCAUCAGGCCUCCAGUGACCCAACCAAGAACAUAAUUCGGGAGUUUGCCUCUGACUUUGAGGUCGGAGAAUGCUGGGGCUACAACCGCUUCUUCAGACUGGACCUUCUGGCCAGCGAGGGCUACCUGAACAUGCAGACUGACACACUGGUGCUCCGCUACCAGGUUCGAUCACCCACCUUCUUCCAGAAAUGUAGAGACCAGUACUGGUACAUCAGCCAGCUGGAGUCGGCCCAGAGCGGCUACAUCCAGCAGAUCAACAACCUAAAAGAGCGAUUGGCCAUCGAGCUGUUUCGGCGUCAGACGUCACGCAGCUCCUCACCGCCUGACCUGAGGCUCGCUGCGGGCACCACAGCCUCCGAAAGAGACCCUCGCUCAGUGAAGAGCGACGACGACAUCCAGACCACCUUGAUCAACACUAAAAAAGGCGAAGAAGAGGAGAGGACCCAACACGACGACUCUAAUGAGCUGUCUGAUGGAGACUUGGAGGUGGACUGUCUAACGGAGGAGGAGGUGAACCCGCUGGACGGCAGCAGCACCUCAGGGAGCUCCACCGCCACCAGCAACACCGAGGAGAACGACAUAGAUGAAGAAACCAUGUCGGGAGAGAAUGAUGUAGACUUCAUUGGGAACCUGGAGACAGAAGAAGGAGAGCUUCCUGAUGAUCUGGCUGGAGCUACAGGUGGAUCCAGCUCCACGGUACGUUCGUUACAUCGCAGUGUUGCUGCUGGCCGUAGCGCCGGCGGUAGCGGAGCAGCUGCUGGUGGUGCUGUUGGUCCAGGGAGCAACAGCCUCCUGGAGAUCGACCCCGUCAUCCUGAUCCAGCUGCUGGAUCUGAAGGAGCGCAGCAGCGUGGAGUCUCUGUGGGGCCUUCAGCCUCGGCCUCCUGUAUCCCUCCUGCAUAGCCAAGCCAAUCCUCACUCCAGGAAAGAACGAGAGCGGCGGCCUCAGGUGGUGCGACGAUCAGCUCCAGACUCGGGCGUCCUUAUCCGCCUCAAGGCCCAGAUGGCUGAGGUCCGCAGCAAGAUGUCCGAUGUCAAGAGUCAAGUGCUGGAGGCUCGGGGGGCUGGAGAGCCCAGGCCUGGCCCAUCAGGGGCCUUCAGUGUGGAGGAUGUGCCUUCUCACCACGCUGAUCCAGAGCUGUCAGCUUGUUGUAAGGCCAGUGAGCUGGACCUGCUGGGGAGAGCAGCUGCAGCCCGAUCCAGGCCCUGCCGCCCUGCCAGGAAGUCUCCUGUCCUGGAUAGCAGCGGCUCUCAGGUUGUCAAGCGGAGGAGUCCAGAGGAGAUGGAGAAGGACCUGAGAGGAGCAGAGGCCGCCACGGAGCUCAGUCUGCAUCCUAAAGAGGGGCUUGGAGGUACAGAGGGGGUGCUCAAGGCUGACGGCAUCCAGGGCCCUCUUGUGUCUCUUGGCAGCUCCUCGUCAGAGCAGGCGUCCGUCUCCAAGCAGCAGUACUCUGUGGAGCAGCAGCUGUAUGGAGCCUCAGGGCCCAGAGAUGACAUCUUCACCCUGGGGGGACCAAGCUACAUCACUACCAGCAAGAACUGUAGCAGUAGGACCCUAGGGGCAGUCAUGUUGGACUGUGAUUCAGAAAGCUCAGGAAACUCCCAUCAGUCCUUGCUGGAGGGAUCCUCUGCACAGACACAUUCAAAUGAAGACCAGUCACCAUCUGUCCUGGUGGCAGCAACGAGCAGUGACAGCGACACCGAGGACGAGGCUCUGCAGAGCAACAACUCUCGCUAUGACAACCAGACUCCUCCUUGCACAGGUGAGCAGCUUCUGUCUGAUGACAUGAGCCUGCCCGCUGACAGGUGAUUUCCUCUGAGCCCGUCAGACCUGACAACCCCGCUGCUUUGUCCUCAUUGGCCCCACGGCGACGCAAUAACGGCCGGAGACAACACACACAUGCUAGUUACACAGAUCUGUAGAGUAGAAACUGCUUGUUACGCAUAAACUUGAAAUGAAGACAAUGCUCGUACAGAAACAGAAACGUUUCUUCUGGUGUCCUGAAUAUUUUCAGACUUGGAUCAUGACACAAAUGUUGAGGGAGGUGGCGGUAAAGAAAAUAUUGACUGUUCACAUGACCACAUUAUAUCAGUGUCUUAAACAUUGUGUGAACACAAUGAAACUGCCCCUUUUUAAGAACCAACAUUUCAAUUUAACUUGGAAAACUUGACUUUUAGCAUAUUUCUUUGUUACGUUUCUCUCCACACUCAACAUAUAGGGAUAUACAUAGUUUACCUUCUUUCACGGUCAGUUCAGUAAAUACAUUUCAGAGGAAAACAUGGCUGCCACAGCCGUUUGUGCAAUGACUGAAUCUUUGAAAAUGUUGAGGGCAUAAAAACUCUAGAUAUAUAUGAACCAUUACAAUUCACCUGGACUACAGGGCAUUUAGUCACUUUAAUUAACUUUCAGCACAAAUCUGCUACUUUCUCACUUUGUAGACGCUUUUGUAAGGCUGACAAGUCAACAGGAUAUGCUGUCACACUGUACAUGUUGUCUAUAAGAGCUCAGUGUUUUAUAACAGCUUGCUGUUGAUGUUCACUUCAGUCUGUCUGAGUUUCGGUCUCGACUCCCACUCAGCUUCUUUCAGCCAUGUCCCUGCGUUUCCCGUCGGUGCUAAAAAAGACUUUCUUCACUCCUAAAACAUUCAGUUUGCAGCUUGUCGGCUGCAUGAAUUCGAUGCUUCUUUUUUCUUAGGUGAACUGAACCUUUACUGCCCAAUUAUCUUUCCUGGUAAUUUAUGUAAAUGUCUUCACUUUUAAUAACAGUCACAGCAGGAACCACAAUUUCUGUCUGUCUUUGACAUUUGAAAAGGCUAAAGGAACACUAGAUCACGUAGAUUAUAAAACUGCUGCUGCACUCUGAUGUCUGUGGGCUGAAACUUUGAAGCAUGCUGCACAUCUGACUCCGUAACGAUGUCCGAGCAGGGUUCUUGCUUCCACAGCCGAUGGAGUACAUCUGCUUGGACAUCACCGGCUCGGGCCACUAAUGCAAGAAUAGAUCGACUGAGAGCUGCUGCACUUCAGUUAAUGCACUACACAAUGGAAAAGUCAGCCAUUAUUAUAGCAUCGACUGUUACCCUGCAGUAUCUUGUUAGAAAGCUGACAUUUAAAGGGUUCACUAGUGUUUAUCGAUCCAACCAAAGUAAGUGGAAAUAAUGACUAGAUCUAGUGUUUAGACUGAACUGUUAUUUAAAUGACAGCUACUAGUUUCCGGUUAUUUCUCUGCUAUUAAAAAUAAAACUGCAGAACUGCGCUUUUGUUUGACUUCAGUAAUCUGCCACAGUGAAUACCAUGUCUGCUUUUAUUGUUGUCUAAGUUUUGAGGGGUUUUUUUUGGUCAGUCCAUGCAACUAAAUGCAAAAAUGUAACUUUGACAGCAGUAAAAGCUGACAGGAUGCUGAAUGUGAUGGAUCACUGAACCUAAACUAAUUUCAUGUUAAAUUUCUUAAUGUACUGAAAGCACUUACAUGAAUGGAAACAAAUGGCCGCAUGGAAAGUGGGGAAAAAUAUUAAUUUAGUAAAGGAGGCUAAAACAAUGGUUUGGUCCUUUACAUCAUUCGGUCAACACUAAAUCAAACAGCAUUGAUCUCUACAGAUCUUCUGGCUGUAAUCAGUGAUGUCACAGCAGCUGUUUUCUAUGAUCUGUCUCUGAGAUUUCUGCCUCCACUCCGAUACAUCGGAGAUGACAAGCAUUUAGUUUUGACAUUUGAAAUCAUCACUUUCCAGAAACAGUGUCCAUGUUCUUCUGGACAAUCCGCAGAUCUCACUGUCAGCAGUUUUUAAUGGAACUACAUUCUGUUGAAGAAAUAGUCCUUAUUAUUUAGAUUAACAGGGACACUGUUGCUGUAAAGACUUGUUACUGUUUGCUUUUUGAUGCUCUGAGCGCCAUAAAUGAAAUUCCAUUUUGCUCCAUUGUAUUGGCAGAAACCUCAGUGACGGAUAUCUACAAACCUGGACAAACAAACCAAAAACUAUCUGCUUAGUUAGAAACCACUAGAAGCAAGUGAGAAAUUUUCUUUUUGUAAUUUGGGUGAACUAACCCUUUAAAGUUGAAACUGAGGUGCAGUUUCUUUUUAAUUUUCAGAGAACUUGACAGCAUAGGUUUAACAAUCAGUGUAAUUAUGUAACGUGCUCUUUGCUGAAGGCUGUACAAGAGGAGCUCACUGCUCCGCUGGCUUUUCUUCAUGGAUAUAUUAUUUUCCACCUCAGUUCUCCCCCCAAACACAGCAAACACAAGUCAAAGGCUGCAGCAAAAUGUCACAAAUUAUUGGGAGAAAACACAGAGUCUAAGUGGAAAAAUGUUCCAAAAUGUCACAUCGACUUUGUGUUUUAACUAAUAAGCUUGAACAGAACUGCAAAAUGCAACGUGACAUACUUUUCUGCACUUUGUAAGUGAAUCCUUUCCAUUUCUCUUCAUUGAGCAAUAUUUUAUUAUAAAGGCCGCUUAGUUUUUGGAUCAAAGACAUAACAUUAUUGUACACUUCUACAGUCAUUAGUUUACAUUGUAAAUAUCUUGGUACAUAGAGUUUUUGGAGCUUGCCGCAUAGUGAUGAGCUGCAUUGUUACCAGUGUACAGUGAGCUGAACAUGUGCCUGAAGGCUCAUGGCUUUACUGGCUGGAUUCAAGGAGGAAAGACAUCUUGUUUGGUUGUUAAAAGAGAAACUUGGUCUGAUCUUGUGGUGAAAGCAACAUAUAGACUUCACCAAGACAUGUCGAGUCAAACUUCAAUCAUCCAUCAGAGUGAAGUUGAUGAAACGUGUUGAGCUCUCGACAUUUCCUCUCUUUUAGUUGAUAAAGGUGUGGAAACAGCAGCCAGACUUUCUCACUGUUUAUUAACCUUUUUUCUCUUAUUUGUGCUUGUUGUGUCAAAAGCUGCUUUUAUUUUAAAUGUCCCCAGAAUGCACUGUUAAUAAUUAAAUGUGUACAUUUCCUUUUUGUGUAAUAAAGAAAAUGUUUUAUGAUCCUGAAAAUGA